AUGUUGCGAUUUUCUUGUUUAUUGUGGUGUGGCCCUUGUUAUGUGAGUUCCAGCAUCAGCCAGGGAGUUACUCCUGAAAAAGGACUGUUGACAUACAUCGACCAAUGUGCUGAAUUCUUGAUCAGACAGUCGCUGAGAUUGCACCUCUUGGCCUGGUGUUUAAUACAGGCGGUGCUGUGCCAGACGGACUUCACGACGGAGGGCACGGCCACGGAGCUGUACACGGCGUUCGGCACGGCGGUGGACGGCGCCGUCACGGAGGACGCCAACAACGCCCUGUUCACGUCAAAUUCCAAUCAAUGUAAUGUCCGUUUCCUGGAUUUCAAACUGACACUGACAUUCAAAAUUUCUAAAUGCAAUGCGAUGUUUCGUGGUGAAAUUGUGAAACAUUUGAGGCAGACCCUCUGA